AUGGCCUUGCCCGAGCUCCAGGAGGAGCUGCUAGAGAAGAAAGAUGAUGGGGUUCAUCAAGGUGAUGAAGUCUGCCGUGGUGGCCAUACAAGCAGCACGAACAAUUCCGAUGAGGAUGAGGAUGAGGAUGAGGAUAAGGAUAAGGAUGAGGAUAAGGAUGAGGAUGAGGAUGAGGAUGAGGAUGAGGAUGAGGAUGAGGAUUUGGUUGCAGAUUCGGUUGAAGAUCCUGACGACGGUUCAGAAAACGGGGAUGAUUCUACAUCCGACACAGCCUCCGACUCUGACUCUGAUUCCGAUUCCGAUUCCGAGUCUGGUACAAACAAAGAUGAUCGGGACGGAAUUGGGAAUAUUUCUGACAGUCCGCAUGCCAUGAAUCUCCACCGGGCCAUGUCCACACCAGGAAACCUAGUCAAUAUUAAUAACGGAGCACAGACACAGCCAACUUCUGAGGUUAACCGAGGAUUAUUGAAGGAACACGCCAACCCUGAAAACAUGGUGGCGGUAGAGGAACAGACAAGGGACACCGUGGAAGGAUCUCUGCGGAACAUCAUUGAUCUCACACUUGAGGACGAUGAAGAGAUUGGCAGCCACGAUGGGCCAGGGAGUGAAGAUACACAGAUCGAAUUUCUUACUCAAGGCAGCAGCCAAACGAUACGGGACGACGGGACGAAGGCAGAGCCAGUCUCUGAAGAUGUUGACGCAAUACCACCCCUCGUGCCUGCGCCUGAUACCGCCAAGGAAUAUUCGAGUGCUCCCGAGGAGUCGCUUUUCGUCGAUGACAACAUCAACAACAUCAUUGUUCUUUCCAGAGACGCCGCAAAAAGUAGCCGUACAAGCAAAUCACCAGAAGCGAUGGAAGCGAUCCGGGCCCAUGUCGGAGGGUCCCCAGGCAACGAAAGCGUAGCAGGAAGCAACGACAGCUCCGAGAGCAGCCUGUUUUGCAGCCCAACUUCUUAUUAUCAAGCCGCACCAAGAGGCACCAGCAGAUGCGCUUUAACAAGCAGAAGCGAAAUUUCGUCUUUAGCUCUGGGAGGUGACGAUGCAGCCAGCCCUGGUUCACCAUCAUCUAAAAGUUCUUCCAGUAGAACGAGCAAACGCUCUCACAAUGGCGACGGCCAUGUUCAAAACGACAAUGACGGUUCUAGGAAGAGGAUCCGACGUGAAGAAUCAGUAAACCGUGAGCGAGGUAGCAGCUUUGAAAAUUGUAUCGAGCUUUGA